AUGAUCACUGCCGUCUUGUACUUGGCUUUCGCUCUCUCGGCGGUGCGGUCCUCCGUUGUCAGACAGACGGACGACAACGACUUGAGCAAUGAUUUGGAUUGCCUGUUCGAAGCUAGGAGGGAGGAGGUCUUGUCAGCGCUGAGGAAGGCUUACGAAGAACAAAGGAACGAGGUGGAAGAGAUCUAUCCCAAGCAUACUCUUCCACCGCCCUCCCAGGAGAUUUUUGAGGAGCUGUUGAAAGAGAUGGAGCUGGAGGAUAAUCCAGCCGAGAAGAAGAUGGUGCUGGCUGAAAGAAAAGAUUUCAACUGUCGAUACAUGACGAACAAGACGAACUGCACCAGGUACCUGUUCUCACUGUCUUCGGAUCAACUGUCCCACAGAAUGGAGAUGUUCGUGCACCACAAAGACGAUAGUUUUUCGAAGAGCAUUGGCGACUUCAUAUCCAUUUCAAGCCUUCAAAGUCAGCGAGACUUGUACUUGGCCAACAAAGACACCGGAGGCGCCAACUGGACACGCUACAUGCUUCCAAGUUCAAUCAAUUCGAGUAUAGAAGAUGAUACUUAUAUUAUUACACUUGAAACGUAUGAAGAAUAUGUGGAAGAAGGAAUACGAGAAACCCCUUUCCUCUUCCUGACGUUGGAGAAUACAUUAGAAAUUAAAACGAAACGUCGAAGAAAAGAUGUGGAAAACGUCAACAACUCCACAAGAUCAAGCAAAUGUUCCGGUAACAGCUCUUGCUGCCUGGUGCAGUACGAAGUUCGUUUUCAUGACGUCGACUGGGAUGGAGUACACUCCCCAGAGAAAUUCCUCAUCAACUAUUGUGCCGGCAGCUGCGGACUCGACAAAUCGAAGAUGAAUUACGCGUACGAAGAGAUAAUGAUGAACAUCAUCAACCGUUUAGGUCCGAACGAUAAGACGUUUGGUAACUGCAGACUAUAUCUGCCGGAAUUGUGCAAGUACAAGGAACUGGGACACAUUUCUGUGUUCUUCACCAAUGCGGAUGGUUCCUUCUCUGCUAAAGCUGUACCGAAUAUACAAGCCUUAUCUUGUGAAUGCGUUUAA